ACCCUUAGUACUCAUCCAUCACAUCUUUUGUAGUUUAUAUCCCAGGAAACACGUUCUCCAAAGAGAUUUGACAAUUUCCUGCAAGUCCAGACAUGAAGAAACAUGUGCAAACCGUGCGGGAGCGGAAGGACCGGGUGUUCAACCGCGACUGCGGACCGGAAGUGGACCACUGGGAGGACACCGGGGACACCGGGGACACGGAGGACGAGGAGGCGGAGGAGGAGGAGGAGGGCGAGGAGCAGCCGGCGGUCGUCCAGGAGAUUCCCUGGGAGGAGAUGAAGCGCGAGAUGGGGGCGAUGAACCGCAGCCUGGACGAGAUGCAGGCCCGCCUGGCCGUCGAUCCCUACGAGCUCGUCCCGCCGGCGGACGAGGCGCAGGCGGUGGGCCUGGAGCCGGAGGACGCCCGCUGGCUGAUCCUGAACGGCAGCCGGGAGCCGAGCAUCAGGGACCUGCAGCUGAACCACCUGCGCAUUCGCCGCCAGCUGGACGCCCUCCUCCGCUGCUCGGAGCUGGGCCACGGCCGCAUCCUGGCCCUGGACCGGCUGUACUCGCGCCAGCAGGCGGACCUGGUCACCUGCCGCCAGCAGCACGAGCGCGUGCUCUCCUUCCACCUGACCAAGCAGCUGGAGGCGGGCAAGUGCCUGCAGCGCUACCGCUGUGCUCGGGAUCUGUACGCCAGCUGGCGGGAGCUCUUCGCGAUGGGGCGCCACCUCAAGGAGGCCUACAGGAAGAUCCUGGGCCGCACCCAGUCGCGCCUGGAGUACGUGGAGUUCAAGAGGCGGGCGCUGGACGAGAUCACGGCGGCGCACGAGCAGUGCCUGGGCUCCACGCGCCACCUGCUGUCCCGGGUGCGCGAGGUGGAGCUCGGCCUGGCCCCGCUGGGCUUCUCGCGGGCCCAGUCGCUGGUGUCCCGCCACCUGGGCAGCCAGGGCUCCGGGGCCCCGGCUGCGGGCGCGGAGGAGCACCCGGCGCACCCCGUCAUCGUGAGGGCCAGCCACUGGCAGCGCCGCUCCUUCCGCACCGUCCGCUUCGCGCGCGGCGACCUGCUCCAGCUGCCCGUCGUCGUGCCGCCCGUGGAGCAGACCUGGUACGGCAGGAUGCAGCACAUGCUGCUCCACCCGCCCAAGUUCAGGUAGUGUGCGCAGUUCACUAGCAAAUUCCAGGUUUCAGCAGUUAAUGGACGAAUUCACAUUUUUUGGCCACUGAAAAGUAUGCAAUUAAAAUUACUAUUAUAAAUUGUGUUAUUAAAUUGUUGAAUUUA